AUGAAAGAGGAAAUCGUUUUCUGCCAGACACACAUAGAUUUUUACAUGAGUGACUCGGGACUAAGCUAUCCACAUCCCGUGUUCGCCAUAUUUGGAAACAUAGAGUCUGGAGAGCCGAUUCAGGUGCUUGUCAAGAACUUUUUUCCUUACUUCUAUAUAGAAACUGUCAACGGCAAGGAAUACAAGGAGGAAGAUAUAAAGGAUUCCAUUCAAAGGCUCGAUAUAAAAGCCACAGUGGUAGAAGUUGAAGCCACGAUGAAACAAACCAUACUGGGAUAUACAGAAGGGAAAUCAAGGUUCUACAAGCUGACUCUGAACACGCCCCAUGUUUCUGGAGCUCUGCGGGCAUUCCUUGAGAGUGGAAUAACAAUUAGAAGAGAGAAAGUUCGAUUCCGAGUGUACGAGAGCAGCUUUCCCUUUGUGUUGAGGUUUAUGUGUGACCUUGGGAUUGUUGGAAUGAGCUAUCUAAAAGUAAGGAAGUAUGAGGUUCUAGACGGUAAGUAUCUAACGGUGAGCACGUCUUAUGAAUCCUUAGAGCCCCUUCCGCCUGUAGGCGUUUAUGCUAUUCUUCCGCCCCUCAAGGUUCUAAGCCUGGAUAUAGAAUGUGUAAGUAUUGGAAACGCCUUUCCCUCUUCUAAGACGGAUCCUAUUAUUCAAAUAGGAAACACUCUAACGAUGUUUGGAAGUGAUAAAUACUUGUCUCAAGACAUAUUCUGCCUAAAGGAAACCACUGGGAUUCCCGGCGUCAAUGUUCAUUGGUAUGAGACAGAAAAGGAACUUCUGGAAAGCUGGAAAAAAUACUUCAUGGAACUUGAUCCAGACAUCAUUAUAGGAUACAACGUGAAGGGCUUUGAUCUUCCUUACAUUCUCGGUCGAGGAGAAGUGCUUGGAAUCGAGAACUUCUCUAUUCUAGGAAGGUCCAAGAAGAAAGCAAGAACAAGAGACACAACAAUGUCUAGCAACAUGUUUGGAUCUAUAAUGACCACGGAGGUGGAGAUUGAAGGACGUCUGAUAAUAGACAUGAUGGUUGUGAUACGAAGAGACUUCAAGCUAAGAAGUUACUCAUUGAACUCUGUCAGUAUACACUUUCUGAAGGAGCAGAAGGAAGAUGUUCCCUAUUCAUCCAUUGGGGAACUCCAAUCCAAGGAUAAAGAUACAAGAAGAAGAAUAGCCUCUUAUUGCCUAAGAGAUACUGUACUGCCUCUUCGCUUGUUCUCAAAGCUGAAUGUUCUAAUCAAUUAUGCUGAGCUGUCUAGGGUGACAGGAGUCCCCAUAGAAUACUUCUUUACAAGAGGAACAGCCAUCAAGAUAUUUGCACUUAUCUAUAGAACAGCUUCCAAGGAGGGUUUUGUAGUUCCUGAAACAGAUCCAUUUGAAUCUGGUAAGAAGUACGAGGGAGGAUUUGUCAUCGAGCCUAAGAAGGGGUUCUAUGGAAAACCUAUAUCUGUAAUGGAUUUCACCUCUCUGUAUCCUUCGAUAAUGAUCAGCCAUAACCUUUGUUAUACCACAUUACUCACGAAGGAUCAAUACAGAAUCCUUGGAGGGAUCAGAACGCCAACAGACAACUAUUUCUGCUCACCUGAGAGAAAGAAAGGCCUUCUUCCAAGGAUUCUGGUUGAUCUGCUAGACUCGAGGAAGAAGAUAAAGGAGGAGUUGAAGAAGGAAAAGGAUCCGGCAGUCAAGGCAUGCCUUAAUGGAAAGCAGCUGGCUGUGAAACUCUGUGCCAAUUCUCUGUAUGGGUUCACAGGAGCAUCGAAGGGGAAGCUUCCUUGUUUUGAGAUAUCUCAGAGUGUAACGGGGUUUGGAAGGGAAAUGAUAAUGCUUACGAAGAAGCUGAUUGAGGAGAACUUUUCCAAGAAAAACGGAUACACACAUGAUUCGGUUGUGAUCUAUGGAGACACAGAUUCUGUUAUGAUCAAUUUCGACGAGGAGGACAUAAAAAAGGUUUUUGAGAUGAGCAAGGAGAUAUCUGAGUUUGUGACAAGCAAGUUUAUGAAGCCUGUGUCUCUGGAGUUUGAAAAGGUUUAUUACCCAUAUCUGCUCAUUAAUAAGAAGAGAUACGCUGGCCUCCUGUACUCGAAUCCAAACACAGCUAGCAAGAUAGACACAAAAGGAAUUGAAGCUGUAAGAAGGGACAAUUGUGGGCUUGUUAAGGAAACUGUCGAGACGGUACUUGAGAUGAUUCUUCAUGAGAAGAAUGUUGAGAAGGCCAAGCAAUUUGUUCGAGAUGUUGUAAGAGACUUGUACCUGGGGAGGAUAGACUUGAGUCUUCUAGUGAUUUCGAAAUCCUUAACGAAGUCUGGGGAGAAGUAUGGAAGUAGACAAGCUCAUGUAGAGCUGGCGGAGAAGCUUAGGAAAAGAGACGAAACCACGGCACCUGUGCUUGGAGACCGGGUUCCAUAUGUGAUAGUGAAGAAGGGCAAGGGAAUAGCAGCAUAUGAAAAAAGUGAGGACCCUGUGUAUGUAUUGGAAAACAACCUUCCGAUCGACACAGAAUACUAUAUUGAGCAACAGCUUUCGAAGCCUAUGGAGAGAAUAUUCGAGCCUGUUAUGGAUAAUGUGGACGAGUUGUUUAAGGGCGACCACACAAGAGUCGUGCAAAGGGCAUCUCUUAAAGGGCCGAUGAACACCUUUUUGAAGCUAGCGGAUGUCUGUGUUGGAUGUAGAGCAGAAGGAAAGAUCAUAUGCAGCAAUUGUAGAAAGGACUUUCAUAUCCAUCUUCAGAAAAUGCAACAGGAAGUGGAAAAUAAAAAAGAAAGAUUGAAUAGUUGCUGGGUGGAGUGCCAGAGGUGCCAGGGAAGCAUCCAUAACCAAGUAUUGUGUGUUAAUAGAGACUGCCCAAUCUUUUACAUGCGAACAAAGGUGAGAAAGGAGUUGAUUCCCCUUAAUGAAAAGCUCGGGAAAUUAAGGUCUUUUGAGUGGUGA